AUGGCCGCCUCCGGCGAGGGGUGCCCGAGCCCCCGCCUGCCGCGCCGGGACCCGCCCGCCCGGCCGCCGCGGGACGGCUACGGCGCCUACACCUACCGCAACGCCUUCUUCCGCUACGAAGGGGAGUGGAAGGAAGGGAAGAAGCACGGUCGUGGGAAGCUGCUGUUCAAAGAUGGAGGCUACUACGAGGGCGAGUUCCUGCGCGGGGAGAUCACAGGAGAGGGCCGCCGGCACUGGGCCGCCUCAGGGGACACCUACUCUGGCCAGUUCGUGUUGGGAGAGCCACAAGGACGCGGCGUCGUGACGUACGGCGCCGGGGGCCGCUACGAGGGCGAACUCUCCCACGGCAUCCGGGAAGGACAGGGCUGCCUGGUGGACCCGGCUGGACAGGUGUACCGGGGCUCCUUCCACAACAACCGGCGGCACGGCCACGGGAGCAUGGCCUUCCGGAACGGCGACGCCUUCGCCGGCGAGUGGGUCCGGGACCAGCGUCAGGGCCACGGGGUGCUGUCCUGCGCGGACGGCUCCACCUACGAGGGACAGUGGCACAGCGACGUCUUCAGCGGGCAGGGCCGCCUGGCCCACUGCUCCGGGGCCACCUACCACGGCCUGUGGAUCAACGGGCACCCGGCGGCACAGGCCACGAGGAUCUCGAUUUUGGGUCCCGAGGUGAUGGAUGUGGCCGCAGGGUCCCCGUUCACGGUGCGCGUCCAGUUGCAGCAGGAUGAUGGGGCGGUGGCCGAGGGCGAGAGCGGGCGUGUCCUGCAGAUCUCGGCGGGCGUGAGGCGCGUGCAGCUCCGGGACCACUCGGAGGUCAGCUUCUUCAGAGUGGACGGGGACCGCCGGGAGCCGGCCCUGCAGACACCAUUUGGGUUUGAGUGCAUCGCCUACCCCCUGUUGAACCCCAAGUCUGAGGGGCCGGAAGAGCCCACUCGCCUCCCAAGAACAUCCCGGAGAUGGGCCCUUCGUGUGGCCAUGGGCCCCCCUCCGGCAGCCUGCCUGGUGAGUGGGGGUGGCGGCAGAGCCGCUGUGCGGGGUGCCCCAUGGCCAGGGGGCAGGCCAAGGCACCACCGGGAAUGCAGGUCGUGGCCGGCGCACAGGAGGCCCGCUGGCCCGAGGCCCCGCCAGCGGGUGCAGCAGGGCCGCGCGCAGUUUGAGGACGUCCGCCUCGGGCCCCCUCCGCCCGGGCACCACGCGGUGCUGUUCCUCCCCGAGAAGCGCCGUGCGGGGCCCAGGGACGGCCAGGACGACGCCUCCUGCGCGGGAACCCACCCGCGGGCAGCAGGGGACCGCAGCGGCCAGGCGGCGUGGGAACCGCCCCAUGGUGGGCUCCUCUGCCUCGACGGCGGGGCCUCUUCUCGCGGGCGGCCCCACGGGAGCCGUCCGCGGGCGGCAGAGGCCACUGGCCUGAGGGCUGCACCUCCAGCCUGGCAGGCCUGGCCCGGCGGCACGGCGGAGCCCGCGGCAGCUGCAGGGGAGUACGUCCUCGUGGUCCGGGAGGUCACCAGCCCGCCGUUCCUGGGCCACAGGCUGCCCGAUGCCUUCAAGCGCCUUCGGUGUGGAGGCUGCUUGGAGGGGGCAGCCACGCCCUCUGGGGGCUCGGGCCCCUGGGGUGGGCAAAUGAGCAGCAGCACAAACAAGGGCAGAGGCAAAGGCACAGGCUCCUGCUCAGACCCUGGGACGGUGGGUGAGCUGAGUGCCCCCAGCGCCCUCAAGUGCCCCCUGGCACCCCAAGCGCCCCAGGCACCCCCAGCGCCCCCGAGACUGCAGGCAUCGCCGGGCAGCUCUCUCAAGAUAAAACCCAAUGGAGGCAACGCUGGCUUCUGGCAGCACCGGGAGCAGUGGCCUGUCUUGGGGUCACCCCUCGUGGACCUGCCGGGGGCGGUCCGCCAGCCACAACGCUCCCUGCCCUCGGGGCAGGGCCUCUCCGUGGGCCUGGAGGCCGGACUGCAAGGCCUGCGCCUAGCCUGGCGCUGGUCUCAGCCAGGCCUCUUGGGGGCCACAGAGGGGCUGGGGGGCCAGGAGGAGGGGUGGGACACCCCAGCCCUCGUGUAA